AUGAGACAAGUCAGGUCCGGCGGCCUGCUGAUUGAGGUAAGGGGCGACACCGCACAAGUCGAAGCAAUCAGGGCGGAGGUGGCCAGAUCAGCGGGCGAAGAAGUGUCAGUCAAGUCACUCCAGGCGAUGACAAUGGUGGAGGUAAGGGAUCUGGACCAGUGGUCAACUAGCGAAGAGGUAUCAGGAGCCAUAAACGCUGCCACCGACGCGGAUCAGGCCGCGAUCAGAGUGCUGAGCAUUCGACAGCAGUUCGGAGGCACUCAGGCUGCUGUGAUCCUCGUUUCCAGAGACGUGGCAGGUAAACUGCUGGCCAGUGGACGGCUUAAG